AUGGAGGAAGAAGGAAGGUUUGAAGCUGAAGUUGCAGAGGUGCAAGCAUGGUGGAACACGGAGAGGUUCAAGCUAACCAGGCGCCCAUAUUCAGCUAGAGAUGCUGUGUCGCUACGAGGAAACCUCAGACAAAGCUACGGUUCAAAUGAACUAGCGAAAAAACUAUGGAGAACUCUCAAGAGCCACCAAGCCAAUGGCACAGCCUCUAGGACUUUUGGUGCACUUGAUCCUGUCCAGGUGACCAUGAUGGCCAAGCACUUGGACACUGUAUAUGUCUCUGGUUGGCAGUGCUCAUCCACCCACACCUCCACCAAUGAACCUGGUCCAGACCUUGCUGACUACCCCUAUGACACUGUCCCAAACAAAGUGGAACAUUUAUUUUUUGCCCAACAAUACCAUGAUAGAAAGCAAAGAGAGGCAAGAAUGAGCAUGUGCAGAGAAGAGAGAGCUCGAAUCCCUUAUAUUGAUUACUUGAAACCAAUCAUAGCCGAUGGGGAUACUGGCUUUGGUGGCUCCACAGCAACUGUUAAGCUUUGUAAGCUUUUUGUGGAACGUGGUGCAGCUGGAGUUCACAUUGAGGACCAGUCCUCAAUGACCAAAAAAUGUGGCCACAUGGCUGGAAAAGUACUUGUUGCCACCAGUGAACACAUCAAUAGGCUAGUGGCUGCAAGGUUGCAAUUUGAUGUCAUGGGGGUUGAGACAAUUUUGGUGGCUAGGACUGAUGCAGUCGCGGCUAAUUUGAUCCAAACUAAUAUUGACACAAGAGAUCAUCAGUUCAUUUUGGGUGUGACAAAUCCAAACCUAAAGGGGAAAAGUUUGGCUACUCUUUUGGCAGAAGCAAUGGCUGCUGGUAAAACAGGAGUUGAACUUCAAGCUCUUGAAGACCAAUGGAUAUCAAUGGCACAGUUGAAGACAUUCUCUGAUUGUGUUGUGGAUGCCAUUAAGAAUAUGAACAUUGGGGAGAAUGAGAAGAUAAGAAGAGUAAAUGAGUGGACGAAUUAUUCUAGUUAUGAUAAAUGUCUCUCAAAUGAGCAAGCGCGCGAGGUUGCUGAGAGAUUGGGCCUCAACAACUUGUUCUGGGACUGGGACUUGCCUAGAACCAGAGAAGGCUAUUACAGGUUCAAAGGGUCUGUGAUGGCAGCUGUUGUCCGUGGCUGGGCUUUUGCUCCACAUGCUGAUAUUCUUUGGAUGGAGACUGCAAGUCCUGACUUGGUAGAAUGCACCGAGUUUGCUGAGGGGGUGAAAUCCAAGCACCCGGAGAUCAUGCUGGCUUAUAAUCUUUCACCUUCUUUCAAUUGGGAUGCAUCGGGAAUGACCAAUGAACAAAUGAAGGAGUUCAUUCCUAUGAUUGCCAAGUUGGGCUACUGUUGGCAGUUUAUAACUCUGGCCGGUUUCCAUGCCGAUGCUCUUGUGACUGACACGUUUGCAAGGGAUUAUGCAAGGAGGGGAAUGUUGGCUUAUGUAGAGAGGAUCCAGAGGGAGGAGAGGAACAAUGGGGUUGACACACUUGCUCAUCAAAAAUGGUCUGGUGCAAACUACUAUGAUAAGUACCUCAAGACUGUCCAGGGAGGUAUUUCUUCAACUGCUGCAAUGGGCAAAGGUGUGACUGAGGAGCAAUUCAAAGAAACAUGGACUAGGCUAGGUGCUGUGGACAUGGUUGAUGGACCUCUUGUGGUUGCCAAGGCAAGAAUGUAAAAGAGCUACCUUAUAUAUGUUGA